AUGCUGUCAAGUCACAGAGGAAGGCUGUGCUUCUCUGGUCUCAGCUCUGAGGUCAAACCCCUCACACCUGAGAGAACUGGACCCGAGGAACAAUGACCUGAAGGAUUCAGGAGUGAAGCUCCUCUCUGCUGGACUGGGGAAUCCCCACUGUAAACUGGAGACUCUGAGAAUAGCAGGAGACUCAGGAGUCAGACUGCUCUCUGCUGGACUGGAGGAUCCACACUGCAGACAGGAGAAACUCAAUGUGGAACAUGGUGGAGAGCACACAAUGAAUCCUGGGCUUAGAAAAUAUGCCUGUGAUCUCACACUGGACCCAAACACAGUAAACAGACUCCUCUCUCUGUCUGAGGAGAACAGAAAGGUGACGGAGAGAGGAGGAGAGGGGAGAGAGGAGCAGCCGUAUCCUAAUCACCAAGAGAGAUUUGACUACAGGAAGCAGAUGCUGUGUAGAGAGGGUCUGACUGGGUGCUGUUACUGGGAGGUAGAGUGGAGUGGAUUAAGUGCUGCUAUAGGAGUGACAUAUAAAGGAAUCAGCAGGAGAGGAGAGGGUGAGGACAGUCUGAUUGGAUGGAAUGACAAGUCCUGGAGUCUGGUCUGCUCUGACAACAGUUACAAGGUCUGUCACAAUAAUAAUCACACGACCAUAGACGUCCCCUCCUCCAGCUCCCACAGAGUAGGAGUGUAUCUGGACUGGCCAGCCGGCACUCUGUCCUUCUACAGAGUCUCCUCUGACACACUGACCCACCUGAACACAUUCUACACCACAUUCACUGAGCCCCUCUAUCCAGGGUUUCUGGUUUAUGACUCCUCAGUGUCCCUGUGUCAGGAGGUCCCUGUGUCAAACACAACUUGGACCUGCUGACGUCAUCUGAGCGCGACUUAUGUUUGUUGUUGGGUGCCGUUGGAAGCUGAAAGCUGAACGAGAGGUUCAUUGUUUUUGUAAAGCUGACCGUGUUUUUAUAUACUUUUAUUUUAUGAUUGAUCCUGCGGCUCUGCUGGGCUUUAUAUGCUGUGAGUGCUGCUGUCUGUCCCGGCUAUUGUAAUGUUUUUAAAAUUGUAUAAACUGCCUUAAUUUUGCUGGACCCCAGGAAGAAGAGAUGCUGCCUUGGCAGCAGUUAAUUUGGAUCCAUAAUAAAUACAAAUAGAAAAUAAAAAUACAACAUGGCGUUUCCCUCUAAUCAAGGUUCAGUAAGACACUCUGGAGCAACAAUGUAGAAUAUCUCUCUAGUGUGUAAACAUAUGAUUGUAAAUAUUAAUGAAUACACACCAUUGAAGUUGACAGACAUUGUCAACUAGAGUCAUUCAUUAAUAGAAUGAAUCACCCCACUGUGUUGUAAAAACUGGUUUCAUUUAGAAAUAAUUUGUCUUGUUGUUAUUGGGCUUCUUGGUGUUUGAAAAUAUUGUUGUCUGUAGAAUGUUUCUUUGCCAAAUUCUUGACACAACAAAAUUGUUUCUGUAUAAACUCAAUUCCACUGAAUGAAAUGUACAUGUGACAGAUGUGACUAAUAAAAGAGAAGAAGAGAGGUGUAAAUGUUUUAAUAUUGAUCAGAAUAUGACAGUACAGUAAAGGAGUACAGUAAUAGGGGUUGUGUUCAGUACAUAGAAAAGGGUCUUAUUCAGUUGAAAAGGAAGCUGUUAUGAUCAAACACACACACACCUUAACUGUGUAAAAUGUCACCUUCAAUGGGGUCGUAGCUGUAUCUUAGUAGUGUUUUUAGUGAAUCUCCUUUCUCUAUUGUCUCUGGUACAACACCCUCUGUGGGGUCAGAAACAUUCAGGGGAAGUGGAAAGAGAUCCUGUGACAUGAUUUCCUCUUUUUUACAUGCAUUUAUUUUAAGCCUGCUAGGUUUCUGGUUGUCCACAAUGAUGACUCCUGUGUAAAUACACACCCUUGUUACGUUGCAGCAAGCAGCUUCAGGAAGUGAUACUGUGUAUUCAGUUUUCACAUUAUAAUAUGCACUAUUCUGUCAUUAUAAUGUACACUAUUCUACAAACAUAAUAUACACUAAUCUUUCAAUAUUAUAUCCACUAUUCUGUCAUAAAAAAAAAUAUAUAAAAAUUAUAAUAUCCAGUAUUCUGUCAUUAUAAUAUCCACUAUUAUGUCAUUAUAAUAUCCACUAUUCUGUCAUUUUAAUAUCCACUAUUAUGUCAUUCUAAAAUCCACUAUUCUGUCAUUUUAAUAUCCACUAUUAUGUCAUUCUAAAAUCCACUACUCUGUCAUU